ACACAAAAGAGAGACGGCCGUUUCUCUCUCUCUCCUCUAUCCUCUCUCCCCUUUCCCAUCUGCAAUUGCACAAGCAAAUUCUUCGAAAGAGACGGCCUUAAAAUCUCUCUCUCUCAUUGUCUCCGUCGUCUCUUCACGCGUUUACUCAAAAGGUAUCAAUCAUUUGAGCCCGUAUAUAUGCAUGUAUUUGCGGUACACGAACAAUUACUCGCAGUUGUUCGGGUUUCUUUUAUUCUAAAGUAGACGGAAAACCAAUCCAUAAGUUCAUCUCACUUCCCAGAUUGAACUAUGGGUCAAGCCUUGGGUUGCCUUCAAGUGGACCAGUCUACAGUUGCUAUUAAGGAGCAUUUUGGAAAGUUUGAUAAAGUGCUUGAGCCUGGCUGUCACUGCUUACCCUGGUGUUGUGGGUACCAGGUAGCUGGGGAGUUGUCAUUACGUGUGCAGCAGCUUGAUGUUCGGUGUGAAACAAAAACUAAGGAUAAUGUCUUUGUUAAUGUGGUUGCAUCCAUUCAAUACCGUGCCAUGGCAGAUAAUGCAUCUGAUGCUUUCUACAAGCUUUCCAAUACCAAGGGACAAAUCCAAGCUUAUGUUUUUGACGUCAUCAGGGCAAGUGUACCAAAGAUGGAGUUGGAUUCUGCUUUUGAGCAGAAGAAUGACAUAGCAAGAGCUGUGGAGGAAGAACUUGAAAAGGCCAUGUCUGCUUAUGGGUUCGAAAUAGUCCAGACUCUUAUCGUGGAUAUUGAGCCAGAUAUUAAUGUCAAGAGGGCAAUGAAUGAGAUAAAUGCAGCUGCUAGAUUGAGGGUUGCAGCAAAUGAGAAGGCUGAAGCAGAGAAAAUACUGCAGAUCAAGCGAGCUGAGGGAGAGGCAGAGUCUAAGUACCUCUCAGGGCUAGGUAUUGCUAGGCAGCGCCAAGCCAUUGUGGAUGGACUGAGGGACAGUGUGCUGGCCUUCUCUGAGAACGUCCCCGGAACAACAGCUAAGGAUAUCAUGGACAUGGUGUUGGUCACUCAAUACUUCGACACCAUGAAGGAGAUUGGAGCUUCCUCUAAGUCCUCUGCAGUUUUCAUCCCACACGGACCUGGUGCAGUGAGAGAUGUCGCAUCGCAGAUCCGAGAUGGCCUUCUUCAGGGCCAAAGUGCUCAGGUUUAGCUUUUGAGCAAUCGUGAAGUUGGCGGUUGGACUUUCUGGUCCUUUUCUAUAGCCUAUGAUUGGGUGUGGUUGUAUGUCUUGUGUUUGGUUCCUUGUUAUUAAAGUGGUAAAAAACUGUAGGAUGUGAAUCCCGGGUAUAUGCUGCAGAUAUAGGUCAAAAUUGUGCAGAAGGAUGGCUUUUGAAUUUCGUUUCCGUUUGGAUAUGUUUUCCCGUAUGAGUGGAUGAAGUUUAUAGUAUUUCUUAUUUGAAGUU